GGCAGACGGGCCGGGUGCCGCCGGCGCGGGCAGGCAGGCCCGCCAUCCCCCCCCCAAAGCUCGCCGCGAGCCUCCGUGAAGCCCAGGCCGCCAUGGCGCGGGUGCUGAUUGUGGGCGCCGGGCUGACAGGAAGCUUGUGCGCCGCGCUGCUGAGGAAAGAGGUGACAGGUCCCUUGCACCUCGCCGUGUGGGACAAGGCUGGGGACCCAGGGGGAAGAAUGACUACGGCCAGCAGUCCCCAUAAUCCCCAGUGCACAGCUGAUCUGGGUGCUCAGUAUAUCACUUGCACUCCUCAUUACGCCAAACAACACCAAAAUUUCUAUGAUGAACUGUUAGCUCUUGGGAUUUUGGCACCUCUGGCUGCUCCUAUAGAAGGCAUGAGGGUGAAUGAAGGAGACUGCAACUUUGUGGCACCUCAGGGAAUUUCUUCAAUUAUUAAGCAUUACUUGAAAAAAUCAGGAGCAGAAGUCUACUUCAGACAGUGUGUAACCCGGAUCAACCUGUGCAAUAACAAAUGGGAAGUCACCAAGGAAACUGGCUCCCAGGAGAGCUUCGAUCUUGUGGUCCUCACCAUGCCAGUUCCUCAGAUCCUGCAACUUCAGGGUGACAUUGUAGACAUCAUUAGUGAAUGCCAAAGGCAGCAACUAGAGUCCGUGAGCUACUCCUCUCGCUAUGCCCUGGGCCUCUUUUAUGAAGCUGGCACGAAGAUUGAUGUCCCUUGGGGUGGGAAGUACAUCACCAGUAAUCCCUGCAUACGCUUCAUCUCCGUUGAUAAUAAGAAGCGCAAUAUAGGUUACAAAUGCUGCUGCCAAGUACCCUGGCCAGAUGACUCUCCAUUGCAACCCCUUCCUUGUGUGUGGAGGGGAUGGAUUUACUCAGUCCAACUUCGAUGGCUGUAUAACUUCUGCUCUGUGUGUUCUGGAAGCUCUAAAGAAUCAUACUUAGUGUCUAUCUUCCUGCUCUCAGUAUUUACAUCGAAUUUUCAUUCUCACAAAUUUCUGUUAUGGAUUAUUUUGUUUCCUAUUUUGUGAAGUGACAUUGCUUCACUUAAUUGUCAUUUUAUCAUUUAAAAUAUAAAAGCAAUUUAUAGUUUAGGCAGUUAUAUCCCAUAUUAAAAAGAAAAUUUCUUACUCCUUAGACCUUUUCCCCACUUUUCUGAAUUACCAUAAUCAAUCUUUGGUAAGAAACUGGUGCUGAAGACUAACAUGUGAUUCUACCCCCGAAAAAAAUCAUCUUAAAAUGAAGUAAGAGUACAUGUGCUAAAACUCUGAGUAUCAUUUUAAAAACUUUCUUUCUGAAUAAAGAAUAAUGAUUAUCAAGCCUCA